CUAGACACCCGAGCGUCGCCGGGUCUCUGUGGCGCGCCCACGGCCGGCUUGGCCACCAUAGAGUUGGGGUGCUCUCGGCGCCGAGUUUGGGUCUGCGAGUGGGUCAUGACGCCGCUGCCAAAGCUUGCGGUUUUUGAUCUGGAUUACACGCUCUGGCCUUUCUGGGUUGAUACGCACGUAGACCCCCCGUUCCACAAGAGCAGCGACGGGACUGUGCGGGAUAGGCGGGGCCAGAACGUCCGACUGUACCCGGAGGUGCCGGAAGUCUUGGAACGAUUGCAGAGCCUGGGAGUGCCGGUCGCGGCUGCUUCACGGACGGGUGAGAUAGAAGGGGCCAACCAACUACUGGAGCUCUUUGACCUUGUCAAACAUUUUGUUCAUCGGGAAAUCUAUCCCGGAAGCAAAGUCGCACACUUUGAGAGGUUGCGCCACAAGACUGGAGUUCCUUACUCUGAGAUGGUCUUCUUUGACGAUGAGAAGCGGAAUAUCAUAGAUGUGGGCAAGCUUGGUGUUACCUGCAUUCACAUCCAGAAUGGAAUGAGUCUGCAAACAUUAACUCAAGGAUUAGAGACAUUUGCAAAGGCCCAGGCUGGAGCCUGAGGUCUGACGCCGUGGAUAAGCCUCAUCGGAGGUGUAAAACGGAAAAGAAAUUAAGAAAGCCUU